CUUAUCGGUUGACAUAGUUUUGUGAAAUUCAUACGACGAGCCACAACUUGCCCGCCGCCGCAACUUCAUCAACACCAAAAGUUUAUUAAAAGCCGCAGACUUGGCGAACGCAGUCAUCCCGUUGGAGGCAACUACAGCCGAAAAAAUUGCGAAAUUGCGUAAAAGGCAAAAACGGACAGUGCAAAAUGUUAAAAUUGGCAACAGCAGUUCUUAUUUUCGCCGCCGGCCUGCAUUUGGCGAUGCCACAACUGCCGCCCAGCGCAGCGCUACCAUCCCACCAGGGUUUGGCACGUUUGCUAUUCACCUCGCGAAUUACGGCGCUGAAUCCACAGGUGUCGGUGGCCUGUUUCACCGAUUAUAUAGCCCAUUCGAGUGCCAUCGCCAAGGCCUACAGUCGAGACUACAAAAGUUGCCUGCUCGAAGCGAGCGAGGAACACAAACGCAUUGAUGGUGAUUCGGUGGUGGAGCGGCGCGAAAUUGUGGAAGCUUCCGAGACAGUUUGUAGAACUUUACGCAGUUGUAAUGAGCAUAAUAGUACGUUGGAACUCUUCAACUGUCAUACGAAAAUUGGCACCAACAACACAAAAUCCACGUAUAGCAUUUCGGGCAAUGCCUCUCAGUAUGCCACUGUACUGCAAGAACGUUAUCGCCUAAUCGAUUUGCAUCAUCAACAAUGUGGACACGGCGCCGAACGAAGAUAUGUAACAGAUACUGCCAACAAUUACAACUACUUGCAGAGUUGUCUAGAUGGGCGCGUUAAGCCACGUCCACUACCUACUACAGCAGUGCCAGCAAUAAGUUCAACAACAACUACGCCCACCACCCCCUCCACGACUACAACUACAACCACCGAAGCACCAGCGCCAUUGCAGUCAUCCACCACAAUAGCACCCCCGGUGGCCAUCGAUGAGCUGAUGACCACUGAGCAAAACCAAGGCAUUCAAGCACAAGUUGCACAGAUUUUAAACUUGUUAAAUUAACCUCCGGUAGAUUUAAGCGAUUCUUCGGGGGUUAAGUACAAGGGGGACAGGGAUGACAGCAAUUGGCAACGCCUUACAAGUUGAAAUUGUAAAUGAGAAAAAAAAGAAAAAUGAAAUAAUAGAUUGUAAAUGUUAAAGAAAAUACUUUUAGCAAAUUUACAUGAAAAUCAUGG